AUGACAGCGACUAAGCAGUGGCUACUGGCCGGUUUGGCGCUUCUGUAUAUUUAUGGAGCAGUUGAAUCCAAAAGGAAUUUCAAAUGUCCUUCAGGAUGCUCCUGCUCCAAGGAGACGAUCAUCUGCGUCGGUACUUCACACAUCCCACGGACUAUACCGAAUGAGAUCAACUCAUUGAGCAUGGUUAAUGGAUCUAUUGCUGAAAUUACAGAGGGAAUGUUUGCACUGAUGCCCUCUCUUCAGCUGUUGCUUCUAAAUGCAAAUUCUUUGACCACUAUCAAAGAUGAUGCUUUCUCUGGUCUUCCACAUCUAGAAUAUUUAUUCAUUGAAGGAAACAAGAUUGACACAAUCACCAAAAAUGCCUUUCGUGGUCUACGAGAUCUGACUCACCUUUCCCUUGCCAAUAACAAGAUGAGGUUUCUGCCAAGAGAUCUCUUUUUUGACUUGGAUUCUUUGCUUGAACUGGAUCUACGGGGCAACUCUUUCCAGUGCACCUGUGAGAACAAGUGGCUGAUGACGUGGCUGAAAAACACAAACGCCACAGUAUCAGACGUCUUCUGCGCAGGCCCCAGUGACAUGAAGGGCAAACGGCUCAGUGACCUUCCCAUUCCACCGGGCGAGUGUAUCUCCACAGACUUUGUGCGUCAUCAGUCCAUUCCCAUUCAGUCCAUGUCAGCGGACAUCUUCUCUUUUAAAGAGGACAUCUUUGUGGCGAUGGCUGCCCCAAACUCCAACAGCUGUGUGGUCAUGGAGUGGGAUCACAUUGAAAUGAAUUUCAGAAAAUUUGACAAUAUCACAGGGAAGUCUGUUGUUGGAUGCAAGUCGGUCCUGAUCGACAACCAUGUCUUAAUAAUUGUCACCCAACUCUUUGGUGGCUCCCACAUUUACAAAUUUGAUGAUCAACAAAACAAGUUCAUUAAGUUUCAAACUAUUGAGGUCUUCAACAUCUCGAAGCCAAAUGACAUUGAGGUCUUUCAAAUGGAGAGCGAUUGGUAUUUUGUGAUUGUGGACAGCUCCAAGGCAGGACUGUCGACUCUGUACAAGUGGACUGACCAACCAGACCGCAAUGAAACUGGUUUUUACUCAUACCAAUUUCUCCAUGAGUGGUUUCGUGAUACAGAUGCCGAGUUUGUCGAAGUGGAUGGGAAGUCCUACCUCAUCUUAGCCAGUCGAUCUCAGUCACCUGUCAUCUACCUGUGGAACAAAAGCACCCUGAAGUUCACGCUUCAUGACGAGAUCCCAAAUGUCAACGAUGUGGUGGCAGUCAAAGCUUUUCGGGAGGAAAAUGAGAUGUAUCUGGCCAUGACCUGCUACAUUGGUGACUCCAAAGUCCUCAAAUGGACCAAUAAGCAGUUCACUGAGGUGCAGGCUCUGCCGUCUCGAGGAGCAAUGAUCCUCCAGCCUUUCACAUUCGCUGACAGACACUACCUUGCCCUUGGCAGUGAUUAUUCUUUCACACAGAUCUACCUUUGGGAUGUGGAGACCAAAACCUUCCACAAGUUCAAGGACAUUUAUGUGCAGUCGCCUCGGUCAUUUACAGUAGUGACCACUGACCGGAGGAAUUUCAUCUUCUCUUCCAGCUUCAAGGGCAAAUCCAUGGUUUUUGAGCACAUUAUUGUAGAUUUAAGCUUAUAGUGUUUAGCAAAAUCAUGACUAAUCACAGUAUGAGUUGGUCACUCAGAUCAACCUUGCGUAUAUGCUUAAAAACUGUUUCAAACAGUGUAUAUCUUCCUUAUACAACCAGAUAUAUCUUUCUUGGUUUGAGACAAACAUUUUUUGGCACGUUUCUGCAGCUCAUAUACAUUUCUAGCAAUUAUGGUGGUUCAAUUAAUAAUAGACCCCAAGUAGUUAACCUAAAACUGAAUACUGACAGAAAUAUAAAACAAUGGCAAACUUUGAAAUGUUAACAGCAUGAAGAUAAUUUUAUGGCAUACUAAAUAUUAUCUCAAGACCUGCUGGCUUUUAUUGCAAUUCUGUCAUGCAAACAAUGGGCAAGCCAUGGAUUGUAUGUUCUGGCUAUAGCUACCAUGGACUAUAACCUGGCCACGCCACGCAGGUAGUAAGAAACUUGUCCAGGUGUGAAGAUGCUCCAAAACAAAAUCCAUUUUCUAUGGGAUGUUGUUCAACCAAGA